GGAACUUCAGCCAAUGAGUCCGCGGUUUGCUUUGCAUCUAUCUAGACAACAGGCGCUCGACAACGAGGGUGCGCGGAGGAAGGCGGGGAGGGGUGGGGAGAUCGCGGCGCGCUCCUUAAGGCACAACUACGCUGUUUGUUGGAGGGUAACAGAGGAGGAAGUGGAAGAUGUUUGGAUUCCACAAACCGAAGAUGUACCGGAGCUUAGAGGGUUGCUGUAUUUGUAGAGCCAAGUCUUCCAGUUCCCGCUUCACCGACAGCAAGCGCUAUGAGAAGGACUUCCAGAACUGUUUUGGUCUUCAUGAGGCUCGCUCAGGAGAUAUAUGCAAUGCCUGUGUCCUGCUAGUGAAAAGGUGGAAAAAGCUGCCAGCAGGCUCAAAAAAGAACUGGAAUCACGUGGUGGAUAUAAGAGCCGGACCAAGUCUUAAAACGACCCUGAAGCCAAAGAAGAUGAAAACACUCUCUGGGACCAGAAUUAAGAGCAGUCAAAUAAACAAACUGCAGAAAGAGUUGAAACGACACAACUCCGAUGCCCACAGCACCACCUCAAGCGCCUCUCCAGCCCAGUCACCCUGCUACAGCAACCAGUCAGAUGAUGGCUCAGAUGCAGAGAUGCCUCCAGGUUCCAGCCGCACACCUGUCUUCUCCUUCUUAGAUCUCACAUACUGGAAAAGGCAAAAAGUGUGCUGUGGAAUUAUUUACAAAGGUCGCUUUGGAGAAGUCCUUAUAGACACUCACCUCUUCAAACCCUGCUGCAGUAACAAAAAGUCCACCACUGAGAAGCCUGAAUCCCAGGACCCCCAGUCGCCACCUGUCCCCAACCAAGAAGAGUGGUGACUCCCAUACCUAACUGCAGGUGUUUUAAAUGGAAUCUUUCUCUCUGGAAAGGCUCGGGGGUGAUCUUCGGCUCACUUUGGAGGCCUGCUAUGCUGCCAAAAGACUUCCACUUUUUUUAAAGGAAAAAAAUCUUGAACUGUUUGAGGGUUUUAUUGGGUCUCUCUUUUUAAUUGCUUCACUUCCACUAAGUCAGAAAUCUGUUCAUAUCACUUCUGAAAAGACUGUAAAGAAUAUUUAAUAUUAUUUGAGACGCAUAGUUAAGCUGGACACUGCUGCAAAGAACUCUCCAUACAUCCAGGCAACAGUUCUGCAUCCAAUAACCACCUGGCUUGGCUCUGUCAUACGCUUAAAAGGGAUAUGUAAUGUAUAUUUCUGUCCAAACGGCAGAGUUUGCAUUAUGUAUGCUUAAAAUAGCCAGGAGCCUUUUCCUUUCCUCUGAGGGAAAUAAGUUUUGAACAGUUGCAGCUCUUAGAACAUGGUUUUGGGUACAGAAGUUUGUCCACUGUGUGUAAGACUCUCCUACUAUGUAUAUCUUGUGAAAAUAGGGAGCUCUACAUUUUAGUUUCUUCUACCAUGAUAAAGCAGGGCCAUGAUAUAGCUGGCCUAGGAGGACUGAGGACACAAUCACUCUUGGGUGGCAUUCACAGGUUCCGAUGGUGGUUGCAGCAAGGGGAAGUGAUGCGGUCCAAAACUGAGUGACCUUCCUCCUUCCGCAUGCAGCACACGUAUCGUUUUUGCAUUAGGAUUACAGCGUAUAUUUGCAGGGAAAUGGGGUGGGGAUAGUUCAUGGUCUUUCUGCCCUUUGCAAACAUAACUUUAACCACAUAUGUAGGAUUGCAGAACACCCAGUAUACAACAUGUCGCCUCUCCCCCCAACCUAGAAAGUUUUUCUUGGAUGGAAAAAAGUGCUUAAUUAGAGAUAAGUAUGCAAAUGGCAGCCACUGUGCAAUUUCACAUCCUGAUAACUAAUUGCAUGAAAAUUAACUGUCAAGCCCAGAGUGGGAAUAGCAGUCUCCAUUAUUUGCAAGACCAUUCUGAUAACCUGGGUUUUUUUCCCAAUGCUGUUGUUUUGAUGUCCCAUUUCCAACUGCUGAAUUGUUAUAAAAUGGUAAUCUCUCUCCAUCUUAACUGAAAACCAUUAAGGUGAGCUAUAGAUAACCAUCCUACAAAAUUCUCAGGAGGAAGAUUCCUUCUUUCUUUCCACACUAUGCGUUGACUUACCCCAGAAAAGACCAUUGGAGUAAUGAUUGCCCUAAACCCCAUUUUAAAAAUAUGAUCUAAGCAGAAUUAGAUUUAGAGGUAUGCUGCAUGUAGCAGUGUGAGGAAAGAGUGUUUCUUAUAACAUAUUCCCUCUAAGAAUGUGUGUGCCCAACUCUCUGGGGCAUUUCCUUUCUUUAUCACUACUUUUAGGGCUUCCUUUACAAGUGGAUGACAUUUUCUUUUCCAGAUUUGCAAAAUGCAUCAAAAUGGUUUACAUAUCCUAGAAGUUAUCGCAGGUGACAGUAAAUCCUUCCUUUUUCCCCCUACUGGUCCUUUGUCCUGUCUGCUGCACCACCAAGUGCCCAAAUAUCACUGCUCCCCACCUCACCCCUUUCUCACCUCCACACCUCUCAGAAGUGCCUUCAGUCCCUGUCUUAAUCUUGUGCUCAGUCUCCAACCCAGAUCUGCCAAUUUAACCCCGCUCCCUCUAUAUUUGGCACUGCUUGUUACUUUUAACUUGCUGCCUCUGGCACUUCAUUACUCCCAAAUUUCUCUGAAGACGGAUCUUCAGCCAGUUAGUUAGCCCUUGUGACAAUAUGGGCCUCUCCUGUGAGCCCUAGAUUUGUCCAUGCUUUUAAAAGGUAACUGAAGAGGGGAAAGUUGAGUUUUGAAGCACUGGCGUUACAGUACUUGCCUGCCAUCUGGCAAAACCAAGAGAUUAUUUUUGUUUGAAAUUGAGAUUUCCAAAAUUUGAAUAAAUGUCCAAGAGUUGUUUAGAUGGUACAAUAGGUUGUGCCUCUUUUAUCAUUUUUGGGGGAGGGGAGAUAUGCUGCUGCUCUCACUCAUACGGACUUUGUACUUUUGUUUGAAUUGUAGUUUUGUUAAACUAGUGUGAGAAUUUAGACACUUGGGGGACAAUAAUAUGCAGUACACAUAACAGUUUGUUUUUACUUUUGUUGAACAAUGAAAUCUUAGCUGCUGUUGUCAGGAAAAAGAUCUUGGAAUGCUUGUCUUCCUACCUUGUGUUAUAAUAUAGGGUCCCCUCUAAUGUUCCCCUCCCCUUUGUAAAUAGGAGAAAUAUUCUAAAGGGAGGAUCAAAUAGACCUUUUAUGUGCAACUGACUAACUACAUGGCAGUCUUGCUUUGUUGGUAACCUCGAAAGUGUACAGACAAAAGCCCUGGACAAUUUGUUGUGUCUGCUGUUGGCUUACAUUUGUCUUCGAGUUCUAAGGGGUCAUUGGCUCCAUUACCUUUUACAACUACAGUAUGAUGUGAUGUGUAUGAUUCCUUCAUCUCUUCCAGUUCUGUAUUUAUUUAUUUAUUACUAGACCCCAGCGGCAGACUGCUUUCCCCCUUCCCUCUUUUCCUUCCAGUGUAGUAAUGCAAGAUGAAUUGUAUGUAGUUAUGCACUUUGUAUUAAUGUAGUAGAAAUCUAUGGAACCUGUUUUUUAUACUUUUUUAUAUUGUUCAUACACUUGUAAUCCAAACUUUUUUUUUUAAAGGUAGGGUAAUGAAUAAAAAUUUUAGAUUUAUUUAGUAAAAA